GACCUCGGUGUGCGACAGUCACUCCUAUUCUUUGUACAUGUGCUGAUAGUCAACACUAUGGCCAGCAAACAUAACUUCAUCUUCACUGGAUUUCUGAUUUUCAUUUCAGUGCAGUGGACUUUGUGUGUUCAAGAGGAAGAGCUCCAUGCUGACUACUGGAACAUCAAAGGGAAGGAGGCCCUUUAUACUGCCCUGAAUCUCCAACCUAAUGUGCACCAAGCCAAGAACAUUAUCCUCUUCCUGGGGGACGGUAUGGGGGUACCAACAGUGACUGCUGCCCGGAUCCUCAAAGGCCAGCUGGCAGGACAUUCUGGAGAGGAGACCAGUCUGGUUAUGGAUACCUUCCCCCACUUGGCACUUUCAAAGACAUACAACGUGGACCAGCAGAUGCCAGACAGUGCUGGCACAGCAACAGCGUACUUAUGUGGUGUGAAAGCCAACUACGGCACCCUAGGUGUCACCGCUGCCACCCCAAGGGGAAACUGUAGUGCCACCUUUGGGAACGAAGUCACAUCUAUUCUUUACCGUGCCAAGAAAGCAGGGAAAUCAGUUGGAGUUGUGACGACAACUCGAGUGCAGCACGCCUCCCCAGCUGCAAACUACGCUCACUCUGCUGACCGAGGCUGGUACUGUGACUCUGACCUCCCCGCUGAGGCUGUCCAGAAUGGCUGCCGUGACAUUGCCUACCAGCUGAUUCAGAACAUAGAGAUAGAUGUCAUCCUUGGCGGAGGUCGUAAAUAUAUGUUUCCCAAAACCAUGCAAGACCCAGAGUAUCCAACGGAGAUGGGAAGCCGAGAUGAUGGACAAAACCUUGUUUUGGAGUGGACAACAAACAAAAAGAAUGUUAAAUAUGUUUGGAGAAAGGCUGAAUUUGAUGCUGUCAAUCCUGCAACAACAGACUUCCUCAUGGGUCUGUUUGAGCCAGGAGAUUGCCGCUACGAGUUGGAACGCAACCCGUCUAUGGAUCCCUCCCUUGCAGAGAUGACAGAGAAAGCAAUUAAGAUUCUCAGCAAGAACCCUAAGGGAUUUUACCUCUUUGUGGAAGGGGGGAGAAUUGACCAUGCUCAUCAUGCAGGGAAGGCCAAAAGUGCUAUGUAUGAAGCUAUAGAGUUCGAUAAGGCAAUUGGAAAAGCAGCUGAACUCACCAGUGAACUGGACACUCUGACUGUAGUCACUGCUGACCAUUCCCACGUGUUUGCUUUUGGAGGAUAUUCUGGCCGAGGAAACUCUGCUACAGGGGUGGCACGUGUUCUGGCUGAGGACAAGAAGCACUUCACCACUGCUCUGUAUGGUAAUGGACCAGGAUACCAGAUUGAAAAUGGAACUCGUCCAGAUAUGAAUGAAUCAAUUUCAUCGGGUAAUGACUACCUUCAGCAGGCUGCUGUCCCUCUUGAUUCAGAGACCCACGGCUCAGAUGACGUAGCCAUCUUUGCUAAAGGUCCCAUGUCACACCUUUUCCAUGGGGUUCAGGAGCAGAGCUACAUUGCACAUGUCAUGGCUUAUGCUGGCUGUAUAGAGCCCUACGUGGACUGCAAACUCCCUCCACCUAACCAUGCUGGAGCAAUGCACUCCAGCCUGCUGCUCCUUCUGCUGGGCCUCCUUCUCUUUGUCUUCUGCUCCAUCUGAGCUGAAUGAUCUCGCUAACAUUUUGGUUUAAAAAUAAAUUAUUUUUUACACUGUUAUAUGUGAAUGUAAGAGUUGUACAACUGUACAACCAUCAGCCAUCAGCUAUUUUUCAUAAUUUGUGUUUGUUAAGGUAACCUUAUUGUGAAAGCACAUUGCUGUUAUUAUUGCAUAGAGCCAUGAUUCUGAAGUUGUAUUUAGCUUGUGUAUAUAAAAAUAUAUGGUUGUAAUUAUUUUUGAAAAUGUUUUAAUACACUGGUGAUUUCCUACAGGUAUUAUUCAAAUACUAACAUAUGCUUUGCUUUACAUAAAAUUCAUUUCCACUUAAUAAUACAAGUUAUCGACAAGUUGUUAAAUGUUGUAACCUGCCUUUAACUUUUAAGUCCUUCACAUUUACACUUUUUUUGGUAUUGUCUUCCAGGGGCUGUUGGCACAAUCUUGUCCUAGACCUAGAUCUUAGCACUUCUCCAACCUUUUUGAAAUAGUGCCUUGCCAACUUUUUCGGGGCCUCGUUCAGAUUUGCACAUAGCUAAAACGUGUCUUGUACAAGAGUAUUAUUGUCAUUUUUUUUCUUUCUUUCUUAAUUAUCACAUUAACUGAUUUAUGUUUUAUGUGACUUGGAGGUAUGUUGCUCCUGAAACAUAAUGUAAUACCAAAUUCAAUUAAAAUAUAAAACACAGA